ACCUUCGGAUGAUGCCGAGCAGUGGCGACGAUUUACGUCUUCUUUGUUCAUUUCUCGUCUUGUUUUACUUACCUCUCUCCCUCUUCUUUGCCUAUACUUCCAUCUACCGACGCCGUAACAGAGCUUGUUCCUUAUCUUAAAGUGAAGGGUCUAAUUGCCUAUCUCUCCCCAUCCUAUCCAGUUGGCGAAUUGUAUCAAUUUCUAGCAUCAUUCUUUCAUUUCUCUUCACCGCCGGGUCUUCGGAACAGUUCAGGAACAUACUUUUAUCUUUUCUCCGAUAAAGCUAUCUCGGCCUUCUAUCCUCAGGUGUUGGUCCUACUGUCAUGUCGCAACGCAAAAAGGUCCUGGGCAUCGGUGCUCCUCGCUUCGCCACUGAGGAAUUCACUGCUCUCAAAGCAGUAGCCGACAUCCAUUGGUUCGUACCCGACGGUCAUCCCCAAGUGAUUCGCGAGGUCAAGAGACUAUGUGAAGAACACGGUCCUUUCGAUGCGGCCUAUGUUUUAUUUGGGACGGCGAGAUAUGGCCCUUUCACUGAAGAGAUGCUCCGGCCUCUUUUUCCUGGGUGCGGAUUGUUCGCAUCUGGUGGUGCGGGGUACGAUGACAUCCCUACUAAAUUCUUGGCAGAGAACGGUGCCUAUGCUGCUAAUACUCCCACCGCAGUAACCAAUGCAACCGCUGACAUGGCUCUGUUCCUUACCCUCGCUGUCUUGAGGAACACCUCCCAAGUUGAAGCCAACUGUCGAGCCGGCAGAUGGCGUGAUGAUUUGGAACUAAACGAAGAUCCUUUUGGGAAGACCUUUGGGAUAUUUGGCAUGGGCAAGAUCGCGAAAGCUACUGCCAAGAAGGUCCAGGGCACAGGAAUGAAGGAGGAAAAGAGCUUGGAUGUCUCAUAUGUUACCGAAGACGAGCUCCUCGCCUCCUCCGAUGUUCUCAGCUUGCACUGUCCCCUCACGCCCGAAACGAGAGAAUGGUUCAACGCCGAGCGUAUCGCAAAAUUGAAACAUGGCGCGUUCUUUGUUAACACUGCUCGUGGUGCAAUUGUCGAUGAGGCCGCGCUUAUCCAAGCUCUUGAGAGUGGUAAAAUCAAGCGUGCAGGCCUUGAUGUUUUCGUCGGCGAACCCAAUCCCAAUCCAUGGUUCCUUCAGUCUAAUCAAGUGACCGUCCAACCACAUUGGGGUGCAUUCACUACGGGAACGAUAUAUGUUGGUGAAUGCCAAGUCUUGGAUAACGUACGGACGUUCCUUGAGACUGGCCGACCCAGGUAUCCGGUGAACAAGCCUAAGGGAACAGAGGCGUAGAUGAGUAGAAACAAACUUGAAUGUAAUAUGGCCGGGAAGGCAACUGUUUUUCUCCAGCUUUUCUGAGCCUUAUUUAAAAUUAAGUACUUCAUGUACCAUGAAGAAUCUCCCAAGGCCACAUAUAUUCUAAUUAUACGUGUAUCAAGUGAAAACGACAAUCUUUGCGACAAGGGUAGUCUCCGAUGCCCACACGUGAUAUUCACCUGACUGUUUUACAC